AUGUCUUUCACUCAGGGAUCUAUAUUCAAGCCAAGGCAAUCAAGUCGUUCUCCGGCUGCAGAUAAUGGCUCAUCUACGUCUAAUGAGCCGGCAGAAGGGAGCAGUAAGUCUGUGUUUGAAUUGACAAAGAAUAAGAAGUAUUGUGUUUCUCGGCUACCAGCCUUACCAGCAGUAUUAGAAUCAGACUCUUCAGACAAUUUAUUAAAUGGAUAUUCAGACAAUGCAUCCAAUUAUGCACUUGUUAUUAAUGAGAAGGCAAUUCAUGUUUGGAAUUAUAAUUCUACUGAUCCAUCUCCUUUGUCAAUUCAGUUUCCAUUAGAUCCUAGUUCAUAUUCGUUAUUGCCAUUAGGUAUACUAACUCGCCCUUCGAGUGGAACAAGCCAAGAUCCAGGGUUAGUAAUUAUUGAUUCUUCAUCAGGAUUAGUGAAAUUUUACGAAAGUGUGCAACAUGCACCGGCGUUGGGAUUAAUUAACAAUAAGUUAUUGGAGUUGACAAUUCCAUUAAAUAGCAGUAAAGGGGAGUACGUAACUUUAGCCGAAAAUGUCGAGCCAGCAGGUAUCGUGAUUGCUACAUCAUGGAAAAGAUGUGUAUUGAUAUCGUUAAGAGAUUUUAAGAGUAAACCACAGUUAUCAUAUAUUGAACUCUUAGGGCCAUCACACUCGGGUGGACUUCUCUCGUCUAUCUUUAAUGGGUUCAGUAAAAAUGACGACCAUAAUGGGAAUGUGAAAGAUGAAAUCGUGAGUAUAAAAUCGGGUAAAAUCGCAAAUCAUGGCAUGACACAACAGAUUAUUAUUCAAGACUCUGUUGGGGGAUUUAACCUUUUUUCAUAUCAAUUGUUUUCUGCAAAUGCAAUUCCAUACAUUGAAAAGAAAAAGACUUUGAAACAAAAUUUAGGAGUGUACUUAGAAAACAGCAUUGAUGGCUUUCUUCCUGGUUCUAGUUUGAAUACAAAAUUUUUGGAUUUAUGGCCCUUGGAAUCGCAAGAACUUCAUAAUAUAUACUUGGGAUUAUGCCUUAUUGAUGAAGCAUAUCGCGAUAAUGAAGGCAAGAACUUAUUAUUAGUAACCAUGAAAAUUGAUGAAACUGGUGUUCUAUUUUAUGGAUCCCAUAAAUUAAUUAGGUACGACCCUAAUUUAAUUAUUUCUUCAAAUAAUAAACCAAAAUUAUAUGUUCCAAAUCUGGGUAAGACUGCAUUUAUUACGUUCGAUAAUUCGGUUAUUCUAACAGAUAUCAAUACAUCAUAUAUUGAAUCAAAGGGCACAGUUCAAUAUUAUAAACCUAGAUGGGAAGAUAUAGUGAAGUUAAAAUCAAACGUACAAGUGAUAGGACAGGGAUAUGAAAACAGAUCAACUAAUACCAACCCAGCUGUUAUUUUGUUGACAAGUAAUUCUGGUGUAAUACGCAUUGAGAGAUUUCCAGAAAUAUCGGAUAAUGAUAUGGAAAUAGAUGACGUAGAUGUUGUUGACCCUAUUCAGAUUACAAAGUCACAUAUAGAACAAGCAAUAUUUUAUUCUAAAUCUUCCGCCAUAGAGUUUGAUAUUAACGAGGAAUAUUCAAGUGAUAUAGUUAUCAAAGCUCUUAAGAAAGUUUUAGAUGAAAUUUUGGACUCUACAUCCCCAUACUUACCUGUAUUCUUGCCCUCUAUUAAGGAUUUCUUAUCGAUGAAAUCGAAACUAUACCAUGGUUUGAUAGAUUAUACAAAACGGAAUUUUAUGCCACUUUGGCGCGAUAUUGGUCCACAAAUCACUGAAUAUUUGGAAAAAACUGAAGUUGCUCUAAAUCUAUGGGUAUUUAUUAGUGAGGAACCCGGAACCACAGAAAAAUUAACAGGAGUUUUUAGAGAGUCUAUCCUUGAAGUUGAUGCGGUAAAAUAUUCGAAGGAUGAAGAUCUUAUUCGUAAAUUUUUCAGCCAAGGAUUAUCAUCAAUUAAUCAAGUUUUAACUACAUUUAUCGAAAAAUUGAUACAAAUUGAUUACUCCUUAACAAAUAUCUUAAAUUUGAUUGUUAAAACGAUGCAUGAUGGAGUAUUUGAGAACGAUUCACGUUACAUCAUUGGAAGCGACAUUCCACGUUAUAAGUUAUGGAUUUUUGAAACAUCUUUACUAUUAAGAAUUGAAGAAGUCUUUAGCAAAGCGUAUUGCAAUAAUAAUAAAGAUCAUGAAUAUAUUUCAACCCAGCAGACACGCUCCAUAUUAAUUCAAUCUUGUGAGAUUUUAUAUUAUUUUGUGACAAAUGCUAUUAAGUUUAUGCAAGAACAAGAAGGCACCAGCGACCAACUCAGGGAAUAUAUAAGAUGGUAUAAAUCGCGAAAGUUUGAAUGGAUUGAUGCGUUAAUAAAACGUGGGUUGGACAAGGAGGCCAUUGAUAUAGCCGAGAAGUAUCAUGAUUUAUCUUCAUUAGCGCAGAUUUUGGAAGCUGAAAAAUCCGCCAUUAAUGAAAGGUAUGGAGAAAAUAGCCAGGAAUAUAAAGUUUUGUUGAACAGAUAUUCCUAUUAUUUUGAAAAGUUUCAAUACGAGUUUGCAUCUAAUCUAUUUGAUUCCUAUAUAAAGAACGAUAAUAUCCAAUCCCUUUUAGUUGGCUUUGAGAAUUAUAAUCAUUAUGUUGAAGAAUAUUUUUCCAAGAAUAGUAAAAAGACGUCAGAAAUUUCUUGGAUUCGUAACCUCAUGGACAAAAAAUUUGUUCAAGGAGCAGAAACUUUAAUCGACUCUGCUCGUUCUAAGAAUGAAGAUUUCCAAGAAAAUAUAGAAUUGAAAUAUUCUCUUGCUAAAUUAUCAGCUAUUGCAUCUAAAAAUUCUGAUGAUAUGACCGAUAACCCUAAACUAGAAGAGUUGUUGUACGAUGCAGAAAAUAACUUAAUUCUCAUCAGGAUUCAAAAACAUCUUUACCUGGAGUUGUUGAGUUUCGUUUCCGGACAGAAAGGUCUUUUAAAUUUGGAUUAUGUUCUAAAGAAUUUUAUAAAUGAUUCACUUGAUCUCAAUACUUCCAAGAAGUUGAUAGAACCAUUUUUCCAACAAUUUUUAGAAAACAGGCCUUUAACACCCACGCAAUUAAUAACCUUGUUGACUUUAAUCAAGCAAUAUUCUGGAUUUGUGAAUGGCUUUUCUAAUGCGUUGAAGGUAGCAUCAUUAAUCACUAACGAACAUGAAUAUAAACUUCAAUCCAGAAUGAUUUGGUUAAGGUUACUUACUUCGACCGACGAUUGGUCGACUUUGGCAAAGACAGAGAAUAAAACAGACGAGUAUACCAAACAAAAGAUUCACGACUCUAUCUUGUACAAGACAAUUUCGUCUCUCGGUGCGAAAAGCGAACUUUUGAAUGAAUUGGAUGAACUUUUAUUGCGUUACACCGAAAGUCUUGAUGAUGACAGAGAGACAGAGCUAAUUCAAAGCCUCAAUGCUAGGUAUUUGGAUACAUUGCAAUCAUAUAUUGCUAAAUAUGACCUUAAAACCUGGAUUAUGUCCAUCAAACAAGAAGUUAAGAACAACUCUACUGGGAUGCUUAAAAAUCCUGAUUCUAAAUAG